AUGUCCCCAGAAGCAUUCUUAGAAGAGGCUCAGAUCAUGAAGAAGCUCCGCCAUGAUAAAUUAGUUCAGCUGUAUGCAGUGGUCUCUGAAGAGCCCAUAUUCAUUGUGACUGAGUUUAUGGAACAAGGAAGCCUGUUAGAAUUCAUCAAAGAUGGAGAUGGACGAUAUUUGAAAUUACCAGAGUUAGUGGAUAUGUCGGCACAGAUAUCUGCUGGCAUGGCAUAUAUUGAACGAAUGAAUUAUAUUCACCGUGACCUCAGAGCUGCCAAUAUUCUGGUUGGGGACAACUUGAUCUGUAAAAUUGCAGACUUUGGCCUUGCUCGUCUCAUUGAAGACAAUGAAUACACAGCUCGACAGGGUGCCAAAUUUCCCAUCAAAUGGACAGCUCCAGAAGCUGCUAUGUAUGGCAGAUUCACUAUAAAAUCUGAUGUGUGGUCAUUCGGAAUCCUGGUGUCUGAGCUGGUGACGAAGGGAAGAAUUCCGUAUCCAGGAAUGAAUAAUAGAGAAGUG